GUGGAAGAGGCUUUGGCAGAGGAAGAAUGGAUUGGAGGAAUGUCAUUUGCUGGCAUUGCGGACAGAAAGGUCACACCAUCAAGUUCUGCCACGUCCGGAGGAACGAUGAGGAUGAAGGUUUAAUCAGUACCAACUAUGAUGGGGAUAUGUACGACAAAUUUGGGUACUACCUUGACCCAAAGACCCCUGGCGGUACAAGGAAGGAAGCCCUACGAAGGGCCGAGGCCGGCGCGCCACCCACUCCUCUGGCCAUUUUCCAGAUUUGGCAAGAGAAGGAGGUUCGCUACGACAUCACGGUGGAAGUAGGAGAGAGUGAGGAAAUGGAGCAGGGGAGGAGACUCGGCGCCAUCAAGGAAGAGCCAAUCAUAGUGGAAUCUGAUGAUGAGAUAGAGGAGGAUUGUUGGAAUGAGCUACGACACGCGAAGGUAGGGGAAGAUUGCUGGAGGGAGGCCCGACAAACAAUGGAAAGGAUGGAGGAUUUAGUGGCUAAAGUCGGGAGGUACCAACAAAAAUUGGCCGAUAUGUGUGAAGAGGUUAAAGAGUGGAGAGGUAAGGAGUCACUGGUGUACCUCUACGAUAUGGGUCCUGGGUCGCAAGGUGGGUCUGGAAAUUUACCAGGAGUUACGUUUUCAGGGCCGACGCCUCGGUCCGGCAUGACUUAUAGGUCACCCUCCAGGUCAGGGAGAGUACUGCAUGCUGUCAGGACAAGGGCCAAGGGGGCGGUGAGCCUCGAGGAGCCAGCAAAGGAUGUUCCUGAGCCUAGUGGGGAGAAAGAGGUUGUAGAUGUCCGUGAGGAAGAGGAGGAUGAAGACGACAGAUUGAGGAAAGAAGAGGACGAGAAGGCUGAACAAAGGGUCAAAAAGAGAGGCGCCAAGCCCGAUACGGACAAGUCCUCAGAAGUAAAGAAAAAUAAGUAUGUUGUUCGAGUGGAGGAAGGGUUUGACGUGGAGGAGAUAAUGGAUAGAAUCCUUGAGGGUCAUAAUCACCUUUUGAACUUAAAGGACGUUCUGGCUUCGGCGCCAACGCUCAGGGAUGAGCUACAAGUGCGCAAGUACCAGCUACAUGAGGACUUGCUCACGAUUGAGGAUGGGGCGAUGCAGGUAAGCAAGCACGAGAAAGUGAUAGGUGGGGUGUAUCUGUUGGCAAAUGCGCUGCUUCAAGAAGAGGUGGUCAGGAAUACGGUGCAAGACCAGGAAGAGGGUGAUAAUGUGAUCCACGAGAGGGAGGAUGAUGAUUUUGAGGAAGCACCAUCACGAAUCUUCUCGCCAAAUGGACAGAUGGCAGACCCAAUCAGUGGCCGAAUUUUUCGAGGGUCGCUUUCUUCGUGGAUAAUAUCACUGUCAGGAGAAGCACCGGCUACGCUAUGGUAUGGCAGGCAUGCAACGUUCCCUAUCGAAAGCUUCCAGAAAACUUGGAGGCGGCAAAACCUCGAGACGAAUCUGACGUUUGAAGAACUACUUGACUCAAGGGCACGUCACAUUGGCGCUAUAGAAGACAGGAUUGAGGAGGCGGCAAGUAGGACGGCUGACAGCCGUACCAAGGACAAGUUCAGGUGGGAUAAGAUGGCAAGAGUAAGGAAAAAGGCUCUUAAGGUGGGAGACAUUGUGCUGCUAUACGACUCAUCUCUGGAGAAGCAGUGGUCGCGGAAGUUGGACAAGAGGUGGUUGGGGCCAUACAGGGUCACCAGGUGUGGUGAGCAUAGAGCCUACCAGAUUGAGGAGUUGAAUGGGACGGCAUGGAAAGACUGGGUGUCAGGCUCGAGGCUAAAAAAGUUAGUUGCUCGAGACGAGGAGCAAAGGGAGGAGCAAUCUGCCAAAGAGAGGGAAUUGGAUAGGAAGGAGAGAGCAGCAAGGGAGCAAGAGAUCAGGGUUCAGCUCAGGAUGAAGAACCUUGCAGAGCUGCACGAGAGGAUGCAGCAGGUAAAAGAGCCUGAGGAGGUGGAUGACAAAAGUGGUAAGGGCACUCGCACUCAGGAGGAGGACCUUCCCCUAUUUUCAGAGGUCUUGGUCAGCUUUGACAAGCUGAUGGACGCUGCAGGGAGGUCUAGAGGGCAUCAUCAGGAGAUGGGGGUCAGGUUAGUCUCUGCAGACCUACUCAACUUGAGGGGUGUAGUGAAGGAGGGUUUCGCAGCAGCCAGAGCUUCAGAUGAGAAGGUUGGGGAAAGGCUGACAAAAGUGGCACAGAAAGCGUAUGGCCAAAGAGUAGAAUGGGAAAGAGAAGUUGAAGACCUGAAGAAGGGUUUGGAGAGACAGGGCAAAGAGAUGGAGGCAGUGAAGGCAGAUAUGGUAAAGGGGCCAGCGAUACGAAAAGAGAGACCACCAGCAGAGGCCAUAGGAGUUGAAGUAUUUCCACCUACAACCCAGGGAGAGACCAUGGGACAGCAGGAGGGUCAGGAGAGCGUGGGUCAGACCAUGGUUGAGGCUGAGUCAAAGAGGGAUUUGAAGAGAUGUCAGGCAUCGACUGUACCUCAGGAUAUGCCUCUAGUUGCAGGUCUGCGAGACGCAUUGGGGUUUUGGGCCACUGGUUCGGAGCCAGAGGGACGUGUCGGCGAGCAGGUGAUGCGAGCAGAUGACAGAGCGACAUGCCCCACUUCCCCAGAGGUCCCACAACAGGAGGUCACGAGUAAGAUCUCAACAGUCCCGUCAUCAGUACCUUCGCAGGAAGAGGACAAUAUGACUUAGAAGAAGAUUGGUAAAUGCUUCUACUGCAAGAAGGGCGAACAUCGAUAUGACCACUGCCCUAAAAGCCUCAAGGACGAG